AAAGAACGAAUAAAUUGUCACCUGUAUUAGUAUUCUCUCCUACCCCUCCUCUUCCUUCUCCACCAUCUCUUCCCCCUGUGCCAAAUCCCACACGCAUCUCGAGUUUCACGUGUCAGCCUCCAGAUUUACCCCCCUCUGUGUUUGUCGUUACGUCACUGAUCCUCACCAAUCAUAACAAGUCCCACGCCACCAGCUGCAUCAACCAAUACCAACCUCCUCCACUCCACCCACGUUGCCCUUCCCUCCCACGCUAGCCUCCCACAAGCUGCCGGGGUGUCUGUACCGGAGACUUGACAGCUUAUAUUAGAAGAGAAACUAAUUGGUGUGAGUGUGAUUGCAAUGAAGACGAAGCCGCAGCCACGAAACAAACGGACAAGAGGUUUUUUCAGCAUGUGCGGUUUCUGGUGUUGAAUUCCUUACCAGGCCUUGGGUGCUGCUGGUGAAAGGCUGAAGUGAAUGCGAGGAGAAGAGAAAUCGGCUCAAAAUGGCUUACCAAAGGCGAGGAAAGACCUAUCUCAGUGCUGUUCAGAAGGCAGAGAGGAAGGCAGCAGAGGAGGCCGCCAAUGAGGGAGAGAACAAGAGAGCCAGGCGCCGCUGCUGUCCUCCAAGGUUUAGUGAUUUGUUUAUAAACAAGAAAGAGAAGGCGCUUGAGCAGUCCAAGGAGAAUGUUGGAACAAAGGUGGAGGAGACCUUCAACCUUACAAGCUCGACAAUGAGGAAGCCCCUGGGAGUCAACAGCACUCUUGCCAACUCCACCAACUCUGUUCCUUCCUUCAGUGACACCUUUGAUAAUGUCUUUGGCAAGCCCAGCUUUGCCACUCAGCCACAGAAUCCCAAGCACCUGUAUUCCUCCACAUCCACCUCUGGCUCCACCUGUGAAGGGCACAUAGACAGUAGUGGAGUAUUAUUCAAGUCUCUACUGUCCACAGUGUCCAACAUGACAGAAGAUUCAUCCUCAGACUGGACCAAUAGACUUAGAAAUUGUAAAAAUAAUUCAUUGUCAAAUAAUGAAAAAAUUCAACCAGGGAAAGAGCAGAAUGUGUCUCUCAAAGGGUCACAGAAACCAUCAAUACAAACAGUGUGUUCUCCUGACAUGUUUGCCUCAAAGAAACCAUCAAUACAACCCGUGUGUUCUCCUGACAUGUUUGCUUCCAUUGACAAGAUUGCAGACACUGAGAAUGAGAUCAGUGUAAACACUCCUCCCGCACCCAAGACCAGGACUCUCAGACAGACCACCCGUAAAAAAGCGCUCUGCAGGCAACGGACAUCAAAAAUCAAUAUAGGAGACACAUCAACCAAGGUACACAGGACAAAGAACACUUUGGGCACAGAGCGAGUGGCAGAUGUAAAAAGGAGGGAGCCACCUAGCAGUCAGUUUCUAGUACCCAAUGUUCAACCAUCCCCAUUGGUGCAGAGAUUUUUAAACUCUUUGGGCAUAACUCGUACUCCUCUAGUCCAGAGUAGUCCAGCUGGUCUCCUGGCCUCUCCUCACGUGUCACAGCAGUCUGGCAGCCCUCCAGUCACAGGCAAGUCAACUGGCAAGAGCAGUGUGCACACCAGCACCCCAACAGAACAGAGUAAGUGGAGUGGCCAAGGCUCUUCCUCACUGGACAUCAGGGUGUCACCUGUGCCCAGGGAAGAGGAUGUGGUAACAGACAACAGUUCUGAUUUCCAGAGCCCUUCAUUACCAAUAGAAAUAAAUAGAGGGCAGUCCCCAGGAGAUCUGGGAGGUAGUCCAUCUCUGCCUAGCAAAUAUGAAACCUGUGCAUCCUCAGGAAGAUUUAGGGAAGACAGCAAUCAGCAGUAUGUGACGGGGGAAACUUGCAACUCGGAAAAAGAAAAAUCACCAAACAUUGACUCAAGCUCAAUCAAGAUAUCUCAGAAGAAAUUCAAGAGUGCAAGGAUACCUAAGAUGUCCUUUGAGUCUCCACCACAGCAGAAACUCACAGCACAUGGCACUGAACCGGCCUCUGACCAGAUUCUGUUUGAUAGUUAUUCCUCGAUCAUCAUUGAAACCAGAGGUGGAAAGGCAGCCAAGAUGUUGGAGAGUUCCCAGAUCUCCUCCUCAACACAGAGUCCCAAGGGAUUCAUUGUAGCAAGAAAUGGGAAGCGUCUGUCACCAUGUCUGGCUAAGAGGUUCUCCCCAAAGGUCACCAGGAGCCAGUCUAAGUUGUUGGGAUUUCAGUCAGAUGGGUCACAUAAUACAGACCUCAGCAACUGUAUAAGCAUUAGUUCAUGUGCAUCAGACCAAAGAUCUUGGUCUUCAAAAGAUAAUAAUAUAUAUAUAAACCUCCAGACAGGGAAUGUCCGACAAAAAGAAUCAAUAAGGUUUGCAGCACAAGAAACCGAGAGCCAUUUACACACUGAUGAAUCCACCGUGGACUUCAUUCCCCCGUAUGAAAUAUCUUCUGUCUUGAAGAGGAAAAGGACACUUAGAUCUAGCUUUGUCUCCAGGAGAGGCAUGAGAAAGCCUUUGGAUCUUCCACCAAUAGCUAGGAAGUCAUUGAGAAUACAGAAUAAGAGAAAGUCCGUUAAAGUCUCAAUCCCAAUCAGGAGGUCUUCAAGGCUACUUGUUCACAAUCACAACACCAGCAGAGCUUCAAGCCAGGAAGCAUCCACCACUCAUGUUUCUUCUGAUUGUUCCUCUAUCAUCAACUUCAGACCCAUCAGGAGGAGAAACGACCACUUUAUCUUCCACCGCUGGAGUAGCACUAUUACAUCAUUAGAUUCCUGGCCAGACAGCUCUCAUGCUGAACCACCAGUGCCUGUCAGUACUAACCAGCACACAGAAGAGACUGAGAUUUGUGAAGACCUGAAGGACUCAUUUAUUGAUCCAAAAAAUAUUCAGAAUGCUUCAGUAAAAGAAAUCAUGGCCUCCAAGGACUCCCAUCUAAGGGAAGGGAAUGAAUGCAGCAAUGAAUAUAGUUUGAAGGAGGUGUUUGUGAGGUUGGUCAGACUGGAGAAUGAGAGGAGCACCAGGAAGGAUGUAAGAGUCUUCAGUCCUUUGCCAUCUUUGUCAGUCAAGCCAGGCAAAGGGUGGAGGCGUUCCAUUGCCAUCCGAGCAAGAGCAAUGUCGCUUGCAUCUGCAGAAGAUUCCAUUGCUAUGCGACCUCCGGCCAACCCCAGCAGAUCUCCAGAGCCCUGCAGGAAGAUGUCUGGCUUGCGCAUGGCCUCCUUUCCUCUUGAACUGAACCACGGCCACCACAUGCCAUUCACAGACUCUCCUCGGCGGUCAGCACUGCAGAUGAGUUUUUGCGUUGAAGAUGUUGACCUGUCAGCACCACCAAUACCUCCUACUGAUCCCCGGCAGAAAGUGUUGGAAUUGUGCAGCCAGGAGCACCCCUUGCCACUCACACAUUGCUUCACCGAUAGCCGCCUUGCAUGCUGCCGCAAGAUAGGAGAAGGAGUGUAUGGAGAGGUGUUUAUGACACAACCUGAUGCUGCCAACCUGGUGGGUGCCACUGUGCUCAAGAUCAUGCCCAUUGAAGGGGACUUCUUGGUCAAUGGAGAGCCCCAGAAAAAGUUCGAGGAGAUUCUGUCAGAGAUGGUGAUAUCCAUGGAGUUGAGUGGCCUGAGGGAACCUGAGAGGCAGAGGAGCAUCACAGAGAACUUUGUCCAUGUGCAGGGCAGCUGGUGUGUGGAGGGACGCUACCCACAUGAUCUCCUGCAUCUGUGGGACCUGUACAAUGAAGAGAAAAACUCAGAGAAUGAUCGUCCGGACAUUUUCCCGGAUACACAGCUAUACGUGGUGCUGGAGUUUGGCCACGGAGGGCGGGAUCUGGAGGGUUAUGUCUUCAAUAAUGCCAGGGAUCUGAUGGCUGUCUUCCUGCAGAUUGCCUAUAGUCUAGCAGUGGCAGAGGAAGCCCUGGAGUUUGAGCACCGGGACCUUCACUGGGGCAACGUUUUAGUGGCCCAGACUGUGAAAUCCAAAAUAAACUUCAAACUUAGGGAUAAGACAUACUCCUUGAACACCUAUGGACUGAAAGGUACGGUGAUUGACUUCACCCUCUCAAGAAUCAAGCUGCCACAUUGCAGUGUCUUCAACAAUCUUGCAGAGGACCCAUCUCUCUUUACAUCUGAAGGAGAUUAUCAGUUUGAAGUAUACAGGCUUAUGCAGCAAGCCAACAACAAUACCUGGGAGAAAUUUACACCAUACACUAAUGUGUUGUGGCUCCACUACCUGCUGGUGAAGAUGACCUCCCAGUGCUACAUCAAGAACAAGAAGACCAAGCUUCACCGCACCCAUCAUAUGCUGCUCACAAAACUGAGGGAUGACAUGCUGAACUACGAGAGUGCCACGCAGUUUGUUCUCUCUCGAGAAUCUGAGUGACUGACGGCUUUUCAUCUCUUUUUCUUUUGAGUUUUGUUUGUGAAAUUUCCAUCAGAUUUAACUCUCUUUAAGAUUUAACCUUGAGCUACAAAUUACACUUAUUAAACUUUCUACUUUGA